CUUUCUGCAACUGCUUCUCUAUUUUUUUGUUGGCUUCUCGCUGCGCUUUCUCAUCGAUACGCUGAUCCUCCGUUUUGCUGUUGCCCAAACACCCCAUAGCCGCCUCUUAGGAUGGAUGUCAAAUCCUUGCCUUCACAGAUUUAGUACUUACAAGGGGGAGGAAGGGGAAGGGGGAAGGGGGGGAGGCAGAAGACAAGUCUUUAUAUCCGUGUGUCCCUGCGACGGUUUCUCUUCUCUUCUUCACACCCCCCCCCCCCCCCCCCCCCCGCGGGCUCGCUCACAGAAAAUGGUCUCUAGCCGCUCUCCGAGCACCGCGGAGUUGGUUUGCUCGCUCCCCACAGGAGAUGCGGAGGGCGGGCGGCGGAGCACUGCCUCUUUCUGCGAGACCAGGAAACAGCUCAGCUAGAAGCCCUACGCGCAGGGAAGCCGAAGGAGAAAGCCCCCCCGCUGCCCCCCGGGCCGUCCGGCACCGCGCCCCAGCGCCGCCGCGCCCGCCAGCCUCGGCCCUUGCGCCCCGGCUGCGCUGCUGCCGCGAAAACCUGGAUCUGGCAUCGCCUUCGCGGGACCUGUGCGGCCUCCGGGCCCAACCGCACCCCCACCGACACCCCGGCCUGCGGCCUGGCUGCCCGGGAAGAGGAAUGCGCGACGCGGCACCCCAAGGCCGGGGGUCCCAAUUUAACCCACGUUCCUCGGCGGCACUGGAAGACCUGGCUGCGGGCAGAGCAAGGCUUGGCACUCCCGGGUCUGAAAUGCGAGGCUGCCACAGGUGAUGGCUGCCAUACGGAGUGACCUCGGGGAGUGUGCCAGUGCCACCGGCGUGGGAGAGCACCGAGGGCCUGCCGUGAGGGCAUGCUGCCCGCACCCAGGGGGGCAGAUGAUGUACGCCUAUGUAAAAUGCGCGCACAAGCAAAACACCAUGUGGAAUUGCUAAUAAACAGUGUCCUCUGCCACAA